UGUGGCGGUGCCGGAGCAGGCUGUGGCGAAGCAAAGUAAUGAGCUUGAGUGUUGCCCCACGGGACCAGGGUAUGCUUCCCCACUCUCCGCCAUGUCUGGUCCCAGAGAGACUCUCAUCUACGUCGUUGCUCUUUACUCUGGUAACUCCACUUCCACUUCUUUUCUUUUUUCCUUCUCAACUAUAUUUACCAUUGUUCUUUGGUGUUUGCAGAGGAAGCCUUCCGUUCCGUGCUACAAGUACAAGAAACUUCUGAGUACCUUGUAUUUGUUACACAUACAGAUAUUUGGGCUUUGUUGAUUUUUUUUUUUUAAUUUGCCGUCGCGCUUCUUGUCAUUGAUUUUUGUGACGCUCACUCGGCCUAAGGAUUUUGUAAUGGAAUUCCACGGAGGGUUGGAGUGGAGCUAUCAUCAGAACUCAUCAUAUUUAUGCAUGUUGCAGAAGGACCAAGAAGAUAUACACUUUCAAUUUUUUUUCCCCUUCAAAAAACUGAAAUCUGGCUUUUUAAAACGUCUUAAAAACGCUUUGGCUCUUGAUCUCCAAGAGGCUCUGCGCAUUUUGCAAAGCAUCAUGUGCAUGUUGCCUCUAAGUCUUCCUUAAUACCACACUUUUUGAUGCAGGGGAGAUCCAUUAAUUUUAACAUUGCUUAGAACCUUGGAAUUUCAUUAACAGCUAGGAAGGCCCAUCAUGAACAGGAAUAGAGAAGCCAGACUAUCUGGCCACAAUAGAUGUGGAUCCAAGUUCUCCGACUUAUUCACAAGUCAUCCACAGGCUACAUAUGCCUUAUGUAGGCGAUGAACUUCACCAUACAGGGUGGAAUACUUGUAGCUCCUGCUUUGGAGAUCCAGCCGCCGUUCGACGCUAUUUGAUCCUUCCUUGUCUCAUAUCGGGUCGCGUUUAUGUGGUGGACACAAAAACAAACCCAAGGGCCCCUUCUAUGCAUAAAGUUAUUGAGCCCGAAGAAAUACUCGAGAAAACAGGAUUAACACAUACUCACGCAAGCCAUUGCCUUGCUUCAGGUGAUGUAAUGAUUUCAUGUCUUGGAGAUAAGGAAGAGAAAGGGUGUGGAUAUCUUCUUCUCGACUCGGAAUUCAAUAUCAAAGGAAGGUGGGAGAAACCUGGCCACAGUCCUCGAUUUAAUUAUGACUUUUGGUAUCAACCACGGCACGAUGUAAUGAUUGGCACGUCAUGGGGUGCUCCUUCUGCAUUCACCCAAGGUUUCAUCCCGCAGCAUGUGUCUGAGGGAUUGUACGGAAGGCAUCUCAACGUGUACAGCUGGCCUGACGGCGAACUGAAACAGACUCUGGACCUCGGCAAUACAGGGCUUAUUCCCCUGGAGAUACGGUUUCUGCAUGACCCUUCUAAAGACACAGGUCUUGUCGCGUGUGCAUUGUCAAGUAACGUUGUACGAUUUUUCAAGACUGAGGAUGGGACAUGGAGCAAUGAGGUGGCAAUAUCAGUCAAGCCAUUGGAAGUGCAAAAUUGGAUUCUUCCUGAAAUGCCUGGGCUUAUAACUGAUAUUGUGAUAUCCCUUGAUGAUCGAUUUCUGUACACUGUGAACUGGCUUCACGGGGAUAUAAGACAAUAUAACAUCACGGACAUAAAGAAUCCUCGACUUACUGGACAAAUAUGGGUUGGGGGACUGAUAAAGAAAGGAAGCCCAGUAGAAGCUGUAGCAGAAGAUGGCAUCACUUGGCAAUCUGAUGUUCCAGAGAUCCAGGGAAAGGAGUUAAGAGGAGGGCCUCAGAUGAUUCAACUGAGUUUAGAUGGGAAAAGGUUAUAUGUCACCAACUCACUCUACAGUAAAUGGGAUAAACAGUUUUAUCCAGAGCUAGUGGAGAAAGGGUCCCACAUGUUACAGAUAGAUGUUGAUACUGAGGAAGGUGGCCUGAAAAUAAACCCCAACUUCUUUGUUGACUUUGGGGCUGAGCCUGAUGGUCCUGUCCUUGCUCAUGAGGCAAGAUAUCCUGGUGGUGACUGCACUUCAGAUAUAUGGAUUUAGGCACAAGAAGUACCAUGCUUGUAUGUCAGUAUCUUUCAUGUAGCUGCAGUUUCACUACUUUCCACAAGUUUUGUGGUGCAUCGACUACCAACAGCACGGAUGUGUUAUCCUUGUGUUUGUGUGAGAGCUCAAUAAAUGGUCUU